GCUGUAAGCAUGAACGCAGAAGGCGGGGUUUCUCUGCAGCAUUUUUAGGUGUCUGCCUGCACCUCACCUGAAUCACUUCACCAUGGACAGCGAGGGCAGAAAAGUGGUCGUCUGUGACAAUGGUACUGGGUUUGUCAAGUGCGGUUUCGCUGGGUCCAAUUUCCCAGACCACAUCUUCCCAGCCCUGGUGGGUCGUCCCAUUAUUCGGUCAAAUACAAAAGUUGGAAAUAUAGAGAUCAAGGAUCUGAUGGUCGGGGAGGAGGCGAGUGAAUGCCGCUCCAUGUUGGAGGUCUCGUAUCCCAUGGAAAAUGGAAUAGUCCGCUGCUGGGAGGACAUGAUGCACCUGUGGGAUCACACCUUCGGUCCGCAGAGGCUGAACAUCAGCCCUCCUGACAGUAAGGUUCUGCUGACGGAACCACCCUUGAACCCGCUGAAGAACCGUCAGAAGAUUGCUGAAGUCAUGUUUGAAACCUACAAAUUCCAUGGCAUCUACAUUGGUAUACAGGCAGUGCUGACACUCUAUGCUCAGGGCUUGUUAACAGGUGUGGUGAUUGAUUCAGGAGAUGGAGUGACUCAUAUUUGUCCAGUGUAUGAAGGCUUCUCUCUUCCCCACCUCACUCGCCGUUUAGACAUCGCAGGACGUGAUAUCACACGUUAUCUCAUAAAGCUUUUGCUUCUGAGGGGCUAUGUCUUCAACCAUACCGCAGACUUUGAGACCGUGCGAAUGAUGAAGGAGAAGUUGUGUUUUGUAGGCUACAACAUCGAGCAGGAACAGAAGCUGGCCAAUGAGACCACAGUGCUGGUGGAGUCCUACACGUUACCAGAUGGCCGGAUAAUAAUGGUUGGAGGUGAAAGGUUUGGAGCACCAGAGGCCCUUUUUCAGCCUCAUCUUGUUAAUGUGGAGGGUGUUGGUGUGGCUGAACUGCUCUUCAACACCAUCCAAGCAGCAGACAUUGACUUAAGGGCGGACUUUUACAAGCACAUAGUCCUGUCUGGAGGCAGCACCAUGUACCCAGGACUUCCUUCCCGCUUGGAGCGAGAAAUCAAGCAGCUUUACCUGGAGAGAGUUCUGAAGGGAGACACUGAGAAAAUCUCUAAAUUUAAAAUCCGUAUUGAAGACCCUCCACGGCGUAAACACAUGGUGUUUAUGGGUGGGGCGGUGCUGGCCAACAUCAUGAAAGAUAAAGAGUCUUUCUGGAUAUCACGAGCGGACUACGAGGAGAAGGGCAUAAAGGUGCUGGACAAACUGGGAGGUGGUCUACGAUGAGAGAGCAAUAAUGGGAUUCUUCAUACACACAAAAGCUUGUAUACACAUCCUUGUGGGGACAUCCGUAUUCACUCCAUUGUUACAAAUAUAACAUAAUUAACGAUCAUUAACUACUAUAACACUUAAGAAAACUUUUUUGAUAUUUAUUUCCAUUAAGAAUAUAUUUGGUCAAUUUAUGAACCUUUUUCUAUGUGGGAACAUUUAGAAAUGCGUUUCUGUCAGAUUUUGCUAUUCUUCUGGAAAUGUGUAGAUACAUUUUGUUCCUUCAAUGGAGGGAUUUAGCCUGGCUAAAUGUUGAAUAUCAUUUCUUUUUCAUGUUAAACUACUUUCUCCUAUCCAAGCAAACACUGUUUAUGAGGCACUAUAAAAUUGUUUGUUAUGAGCGGCCUGUCCAGCACAUAUCUAUAGAGUAAUUUUUGAAUUUUACACCAAAUAUUUAAAACUAAAUUCAAAUAGAAAAAGUUUGCUAUAUUUAUGCUUCUGAAUAAUGCAGAAAUGCAUGAUCACUGUCUGUAAAAAUGGUCUAUUGUCAACCAAUGGCAUGAGUGGCAAUCUAUUUGUUCGAUCAAUGGCAGAUGGGGGAUUGUUUGAAGACUAUUUUUAUUUUUGCAAUUUAGUUUGGUUGCGCAGAAAUUACACAUUUUUAUAUAUUAAAGGUGCACUCAGUAAGUUUUCAAAUGGAUAAGAGUGGAUGUGAAUCUGUUUUUAAAGAGUACAAAAUUUGAGUGCACCUUUAAAAAAGGUUAGAGUUUUUAUUUUUCAGACAAAGUAACAAAUGGUUUUUAGAUUGCAUAAUGAAUGAUGGCUAAAAAUAAAAACUCUAA